AUGUAUAAUAGUGGUAAUAACGGAAAAGAAAUUGAUUACAUAGAUUUGUGCAAUGAUGAUGAAAUUGAUUUAGUUGGUGUUAAUUCAUUGCCAAAGUCAAAUGUAAAUAGUAUAAAAAAUCAUUCAAUCAUUACUUCAUCUACAAUAACAUCAAUGAAUUCAACAAUACCAAAAUCACCACAAAAAAUGAAUAGUAAUAAUAGUAAUAAUAAUAAUAAUAAUACUGAAACAACAACUACAACAACAACAUCAACAACAACAAAUACAAAUAUAACAAAACCAACUGUAAAUCAUUUAAAACCAUCAACACCAAAGAGACCUAAAACAAAUAAAAAUGAUUUUCCUUCAAAAAAAACAAAAUCCAGUGCAAUUGAUUUAUUCGAUGAUGUUAUACCAUUUGAAGAUGCAAUGGAAUUAUUAAAAAAUAGUUUUGAAUUAAAGUAUGGUAUACCAAAUAAUAAUAACAAUAAUAGUAAUAAUAAUAAUAAUAAUAAUAAAACAACACAAUUAUUUGAAAAUAUUGAACAUAAAAGAGAAUCAUUAAAUAAAGAACAAUUAGAGAUAUUAGAUAAUGUUUUAAAUGGAAAGAAUAUAUUUUUUACAGGUCCUGGUGGCACUGGUAAAUCAUAUCUUUUACAUGUUAUGAUUAAAGAGUUAUCAAAGAGAGGUAUUCGUUCAUUUGUAACUGCUACGACGGGUAUUGCAGCAUUGAAUAUAGGUGGUACGACAAUUCAUUCAUUCGCAGGUAUUAGAUUAGGUAAUCAACCAUUUAAAUUCCUAUUAGAGGCAGCAUAUGGUAAAAAAAAUAAUUGGAAAUCUUGUGAAGUAUUAAUAGUGGAUGAGAUAUCAAUGUUGGAUGGUGAUUUAUUUGAUAAUUUAGAAAAGAUUGCACGUAUAAUUAGGUUGAAGUCAAAUUUAAAGUAUGGUUAUAAAAAGAAGAUUGAGUAUCCUGACCCAUCGAAAUUACCUUGGGGUGGUAUUCAAGUUGUGCUAUCGGGUGAUUUCUAUCAAUUGCCACCAGUACCAUCACCACCACCCGAUGCACAUUUCACUAGGGAUGAUUUAUCUUUGGUUAAAAAGAGAACUCAUUGCUUUGAUGCAGAGUCUUGGGAUAGUUCAAUUGAUAUCAUUAUACCAUUGACUCAAAUUUUCAGACAAAAGGAUCAACAUUUCUCAGAGAUGUUAUCAAGAAUUCGUGUUGGUAAUAUAGAUGAUAAGAUUCUUCAAGAGUUAAGAAAAUGUGAUAAACCAUUGGUUACCGAUAAUGGUAUACAACCAACCAUUCUAUACACUACAAAUAAUAAAGUAGAGGAAAUGAAUCAAAAGUAUUUAGAAGAUAUCAAUAGAGAACAAUUUGAAUUCAUUGCCUUGGAUCGUAAUGCAAAUCAAGAGAAUAUUCAAGAUCAAAAGAAAAUCAAUCAUUUACAAUCAAUUUUUGAAAACUCUAGAAAAUCAUGUCUGGCUGCAUCAAGAUUCAAUUUAAAAUCGGGUGCUCAAGUUAUGUUGGUUAGAAAUAUUUCACCAACAUUAGUGAAUGGUAGUCGUGGUGUUGUAAUUGGUUUCAUGAAUCAAUCACCUGAUGAGCAAACUAAACUAAUUCAAUUCUUACAAGAACAACCAAUGCUUGAAACUAGACAACGUGAGAAAAUGAUUGAACAAUUUAAAUCAUCAGCAAUCUAUCUCAAAGGACAGCGUCAUAGAUAUCUACCAGUGGUUAAAUUUAUGAAUGAUGAAUUGGAAGUUAUUAAACCAGAAAACUAUUCAGUAUUCUAUGAUAAUGGUGAACGUAUUUAUCGUAUUCAAAUUCCCCUAAAAUUGGCUUGGGCUGUAACAUUUCAUAAAAUUCAAGGUGUCACAUUAGAUUGUGCUCAAAUUUCAUUGAAUAAAGUUUUUGAACAUGGUCAAAGUUAUGUAGCUCUCUCAAGAAUUAAAUCAUUGGAAGGUUUACAAAUAGUUGGUGAUUUCUCAAAAAAUUGUUUCAAAAUUGAUAAAAAGGUUAGUGAUUUUUAUCAAAAUUUAAAUUUAAAUUCAAAAAUUAAUCAAACUAAAAAAUCAUUACCACCUUUAGAAGAUUCUGAUUCAUUAAUUGAAAGUUUAAGAAAUAAAAAUGAUAAUAAUAAUAAUAAUAAUAAUUUAAAUGAUAUAAUUAAUGAUAAUAAUAAUAUAAUUAAAGAUAAUAUUCAAUAUAACAAUCAAAAUAAUAAUAAUAAUAAUAAUAAUCAAAAUAAUAAUCAAAAUAAUGAUAAUAAGAAUAUACCAAUACCACCUAUUCAAAAAUUAGAAGAAAAACAACAAGCACUUUUUGAUUCAACGAUUCCAAUUUAUUUUUUAUGUCCAAUAUCUCAAAAAAUUAUGGAGCAUCCUUAUGUUGCACCAGAUGGAUACACUUUUGAAAGGAGUUCAAUUUUAGAAUGGUUUGAUAAAAGAGGAGCAAUAUCCUUUGUUACAAAGAGACCAUUCUCAACAUCUGCAAUAUUAAUACCAAAUAGAAAUUUAAAAGCACAAAUUCAAGAGUGGAAAAAUAGUCACCCUCCACUAUAA